AUGGCAGUCAAGCCACUCGUGUCUACUGCUGGCUGCUUAAAUAUCAGUGACCUUGCCAAGGCCAUCAAGCAGAAACUCCCAAACCAAUUCUAUGCCGUUGACUCCAACCAAAUCUCUAUCCAUCAGUCACUCCAGGAUGCUCCACUUGAACCUGAUCUUCCACUUGCGAGUAUUUCUACUGCUGGUCUGUCCGCCAAAUUACCCCUCAUUCCAAAAACAAUCUUCAUCCAGGACAUUGAUGAAGAGUGCUGUCCUUUGGAUAGCUUUUCCAAAUAUCUUGUUGAAAAUGAUGCUGAUAUGGAGGAUAUCUAUGAAGGGAAAGGCUCGGCUCUCUAUAAGCUGUCCGAUCCCAAGAAACAGAUUACACUGGUGGAACAGCUGAUCAAUGGGGAAAAGUACAAUAAUGAAGACCAAGCGAUGGAGGAGGAAACUCACUUGGCCGUGAAGCGAUUCCUUGCUACCCAUCUUGGUCCUUCAAUCGAGGUAAUGCCAACGGACAUUAUGGCUGCAGACGGAAAGACUGUUGUCCAGGAGUGGGACGCUGUCUUUAAAGAUGGAGAUGUCCUGUACUUAUGUGAAGCCAAGCAUAAUAUGACCGAUAAGCAAGUGACCAAGCUCUUUGCAAGAAUUCGCAAGUUCAAGGAGUUUCAAGCCAAUGCCCAGCCAGAAUUUCGAAAUGUCACAAAGUAUGUUGGGGUGUUGUGUGGUACGUUGUUUCCAGAGGAUAUUAGAAAGAUCGCACACCUUGGAUUCAUUUGCGUUUAUCCAUCAGGAUAUUGUUACGAUGUCAAAAAGCCAGAGGAUUUCAUCAUUGAACGUUAA